AAGCUAGGCACUUGCAUUGAUCUUUGUAUCAAGCCCCUACCUCCCAUCAGAUGAUCAUGGCCUUUUCCGCCGGCAGCGUCGGUCAUCCCAUCGCGGCGAUCCUGCUUCUCGGCCUGGCCGUGACGGCGUCGGCACAGCUGUCGGCGACGUUCUACGACGCGUCCUGCCCGAGCGCCCUUGCGACGAUCAAGAGCGCCGUGACGGCGGCGGUGAACAACGAGCCUCGCAUGGGAGCCUCCCUGCUCAGGCUACACUUCCACGACUGCUUUGUCCAAGGAUGCGACGCGUCGGUGCUCCUCAACGACACCGCCAGCUUCACCGGCGAGCAGACGGCGUUCCCCAACCGCAACUCCAUCAGGGGACUCAACGUCAUCGACAACGUCAAGGCGCAGGUGGAGGCCGUCUGCGCGCAGACCGUCUCCUGCGCCGACAUCCUCACCGUCGCCGCCCGCGACUCCAUCGUCGCCCUAGGAGGACCGUCGUACACGGUUCCGCUGGGGAGGAGGGACUCCACCACCGCGAGCCUCUCCGAGGCGAACAGGGACCUCCCGCCGCCGACCUCCGACCUCGCCGAUCUCGUCGGCAACUUCUCCAGGAAAGGCCUCAGCGUCACCGACAUGGUUGCGCUCUCAGGAGCCCACACGAUCGGGCGGGCGGCAUGCUUAAACUUCCGGAGCCGGAUCUACGGCGACUCCAACAUCGCCCCGGCGUACGCGGCGUCGCUGCAGGCCAACUGCCCGCAGUCCGCCCCCAAUGGCGACGGCACACUGGCGCCGCUCGACGUGUCCACCCCCGACUCCUUCGACAACGCCUACUACGGCAACCUUCUCUCGCAGCAGGGGCUCCUCCACUCAGACCAGCAGCUCUUCAACGGCGGCUCCACCGACGCCCUCGUCAAUACCUACUCCUCCAACGCCGCGCAGUUCAGCUCCGACUUCGCCGCGGCCAUGGUGAACAUGGGCAACAUCGGCGUGCUCACGGGCGCGCAGGGGGAGAUCCGGCUCAACUGUGGCAAGGUGAACUGAGUGAAAGCUCAAGAAGUGAGACUACAAGGGAAAGUGGAUGGGGCGUUUGCAAUUGCAAAGCAGAUGGGCCGGUAACUUUACUGGAACCGAAUAAGGUGUCAACGUGAAGGCCAUAUUGAUGUGCUUAUUGGGUCUUUCUUGGAAUUCCUUACAGGGAUUCAGAUUCAGUCAUUUCUCCUUCGCAUGGUCUACUUGCUUCCCACACGAAAUAAGGAUAUAUAUACUGUAUAAUCCUGAAAAAAAAGGAAACGAUACUGUAUAGUUGUGCCUACCAACAACCACAUUUCUGGUUGAAUGCUUACUGGUUUGUUUAUAAUGUUUAUUUAUAUAAGAAA